CAACAAUCUCGCCAUGCCGUCCACCCUUUGGCGCAACCAAUUCUUAUCCUGGUCAUAAUCCCUACGCGACUCACUAAUCUCAUCACACCGCCAACAUGGCGCUGGGCGGUGGAGGCAAUAUCAAGGUGGUGGUGAGAGUGCGCCCUUUCAACAGUAGAGAACUCGACCGUAAGGCACAAUGCAUUGUGCAGAUGAAAGGCGAGCAGACGGUGCUCUCUCCACCGACAAAUACAGCCAACAAGAACGUAAAGGCAGCAAUUGACGGUUCAAAGACAUUCGCUUUCGACAAGAGCUACUGGUCCUUCAACAAGAAAGACGCUAGCUAUGCUGGACAAGACAAUCUGUUUGACGACCUCGGAAAGCCGUUGCUGGACAACGCCUUUGGGGGUUACAACAAUUGCAUCUUCGCCUAUGGCCAGACGGGUUCGGGAAAGUCCUACUCGAUGAUGGGCUACGGUCCGGAGGAGGGUGUCAUCCCCAAGAUUUGCAGAGCUAUGUUUGAGCGUAUCGAGGAAGCUCAACGAGACAGCAAUCUGAACUGCACCGUCGAAGUGUCUUACCUCGAGAUCUACAACGAGCGCGUCCGAGAUCUGCUCAACCCUUCGACAAAGGGAAAUCUCAGAGUCCGCGAACAUCCCUCGACCGGUCCAUACGUUGAAGACCUCGCCAAACUCGUCGUCCGAUCCUUCGCUGAGAUUGAGCAUCUCAUGGAUGAGGGCAACAAAGCCCGUACUGUCGCUGCCACAAACAUGAACGAAACCAGUAGUAGAUCACACGCCGUCUUCACCCUCACAUUGAGUCAGAAACGACAUGACGCGGACACGGGCAUGGACACAGAAAAGGCCGCCAAGAUCUCGCUGGUCGAUUUGGCUGGUUCGGAAAGAGCUCAGUCUACAGGCGCAACAGGCGCAAGACUCAAGGAAGGCGCCGAAAUCAACAGAUCUCUGUCUACACUUGGUCGUGUCAUCGCCGCUUUGGCCGAUCUCUCUAGUGCUAAGCCUGGCGCGAAGAAGAAAAACGCUUCCAUGGUCCCCUAUCGUGACUCGGUCCUCACAUGGCUGUUGAAGGAUUCCUUGGGCGGCAACAGUAUGACUGCCAUGAUUGCUGCUAUCUCACCCGCCGACAUCAACUUCGAUGAGACGCUUUCGACUCUUCGCUACGCAGAUUCGGCCAAGCGCAUCAAGAAUCACGCUGUUGUGAAUGAAGAUGCCAAUGCUCGCAUGAUAAGAGAAUUGAAAGAGGAGCUUGCCCAAUUGCGCUCAAAGUUGACAACUGGUAGUGGGGUAGGUGAAGGUGGCGCCAUCGCGAGCGAGCAGUAUCCGCCAGACACUCCUCUAGAGAAGCAAAUGGUCUCCAUCACACAGACCGAUGGUUCUGUCAAGCAAGUUUCGAAGGCCGAAAUUGUUGAGCAGCUGGAUCAGUCCGAAAAACUUUACCAGGACUUGAACCAGACCUGGGAGCAGAAGCUACAAAAGACGGAGCUGAUCCAUAAAGAACGAGAAGCCGCCCUGGAAGAGCUUGGCAUCAGUAUUGAGAAAGGCUUCGUCGGUUUGUCAACGCCAAAGAAGAUGCCACAUCUUGUCAAUUUGAGUGACGACCCGCUGCUAGCUGAGUGUCUAGUCUACAACCUUAAGCCUGGCACGACGACUGUUGGCAAUGUGGAUACAGCAAAGACAGCAGAAAUCAGACUCAAUGGUUCCAAGAUCUUGCAUGAGCACUGCACGUUCGAGAACGAGGAUGACGUAGUCACUGUCGCCCCGAGGGAGAAUGCGGCUGUUAUGGUCAAUGGUCAGCGUGUUGACCAGCCUAAGAGACUGCGUAGUGGCUACCGCAUCAUUUUGGGCGACUUUCACAUCUUUCGUUUCAAUCAUCCACAGGAAGCUAGAGCGGAAAGGGCGGAAGCAGGAAGUCGACUGAAACAAUCAAUAACAGCGGAUGAGAUCGGUGACCCCUCAUCACCCUCGCCUUCCGUCAGCCAUAGUCACGAUCGCUCGUGGAGCAAUGUCAGUAGGCUGAAUCCUGACUAUGACAUGGACUCACGAGGCAAUUCACCAAUGCCCAUGCGCAGUCUGAGUGGUCGCGAAAAUGACUACGAUCUCGCGCGACGAGAGGCAGUAUCGUCAAUGCUCGGCUCAGAUCAGAAGAUUUCAGCUCUUACAGACGACGAGUUGGACAAUCUAUUUGACGACUUGCAGAAAGUCAGAGCUGUUAGAAGAGGUAGACCGGAAAGCCGGCUGUUUGACCUGAACGAGGAUGAUUCUGACUCGGUCAGCUCAUUCCCUGUCCGAGAGAAAUAUUUGUCCAACGGGACGCUGGAAAACUUCUCGCUCGACACUGCUCUGACGAUGCCGUCAACGCCGCAAGACGACGAAGAGGAUGAUACACUACGUGCAGCGAAGGAGGGCUUGCAGCGGGAACUCGAACGACAAAAGGAAGAAUACCAGGCACAGAUUCAGUCCGCUCAAGAAAUGAACGUCGAGGUGGAGACAAUACGUGCCGAAAAGACCAGAAUGGAAGAAAACCUUAGAGCCGUCAAGGAAGACAUGGAGAAACGACUCCAAGCACAAAAGGACGAAUACGACCGCCAAUUGAACGAGCUACGGAAUACGACCGCGCCUCCUAUUGAUCGGAAAACCGGUCUGACGGAGAAGCAGCUCUCUCUUGUCAAGUCGUGUAUUCAACACUGGCGUCAGCAAAGAUACGUCGCUAUGGCUGCUGCGCUUCUGCAGAACGCGGCAACUCUGAAGGAAGCCCAAGUCAUGAGUCAGCAGAUGGACAAGAACGUUGUCUUCCAGUUCACCGUUGCCGACGAGGGACACACCUAUGGAUCAUCCUAUGAUUUGGUGUUGAGCGACAUCACUGCUGACGAUGACAUGGCAUUGCACAGUUCUCGCAAGCCUUGCACUGCCGUCCGAGUCAUUGAUUUUAAACACAACGUUGUAUAUCUGUGGUCAUUACACAAGCUACGCGCUCGUGUGCGUUUGAUGCGCCAGGUUUUCCAAUACAUGGAUCGGCCAGAAUAUAUUAAGCAUUUCCGUCUGGACAAUCCAUUCUCGGAAUCAUGUCUACCACAGUACACCAGAAUCGGAGAUGCUGACAUCUCCUUGGCUGCCGUGUUCGAGUGUCGAGUUCAAGAUUUCACUCUCGAUGUAUACUCACCGUAUACUAAUACAAUGGUUGGCAUCGUCCGGUUGUCUCUCGAGCCGUCGUCAGCCGAGGCACCCUCGUCAACAUUGAAGUUUAAUGUGGUGAUGCACGACUUUGUGGGCUUCUCGGAGCAAGAAGGAACCGAGGUGCAUGCACAGCUCUUCUUCCCUGGUAUAUCUGAGGAGGAUGGCGCAUCCACAACGCAGAUACUUUCAGACUUCGACGAGGGUCCAGUACGAUUCGACAGCGUCCACAGUAUGAGUCUUCCACUCGCAAGUCCACGCGACUCGUGUCUCAGAGUGUCAGUGUUUGCCAGAGUUACCGGCACUCACUUGGACAAGCUACUCAGCUGGGAUGAUAUGCGCGAUUCCGCAGCUCGGCCUCAACUCAAGCGCAACAACUCCCGGAUAGCAGAGCAUGAAUACUACAACGAAGAAGGUCAUGAUGUCUUCGCGCGUAUCCAGGUACUCGAAAUUGGAGAAGACGGCUCCUAUAAGCCUGUCGAGGUUAUCCAGAGGAAUAUUAUGGAUCCUGGCGUUUAUCAGCUUCACCAAGGACUCCAACGUCGACUUUCGCUCAACCUGAUACAUACAUCAGGUAACAUUCUUCCACUUCAGGAUGUAACAUCGUUGCGAAUCGGCAACGUUCACCUAAUAGAUCCAUCAGGCAAGGUGCCAGAUCUAAGUUCACAGCAGAGUGACGUGACACUAACUCCUGCAUCGCCUCCGGUGAUUCGCACAAACUCUGAUGGUACAACUAACAUUCACAUCAUCACUCACUGGGACUCGAGCUCUCAUGAAUCCUUGCUACUCGACAGGCCAACAGCAGAUGGCUACUGUGUCAAACUCUCCUUCGCUUGGACUAUGGUGUCGCCCAAACUUGCAGAGCCGAUAGAGUUCACUACAGAUUUGGCUGUGCAGAUGAGAGGACGGUCCUUCAUGCGCCAAACAUCACUGUUCUCGUCGCUUUUCAGUUCGUCACGUAUUGUUCGUUCAACCAGCGGCACCUUCUCCGUCACGGUCAAGCCAAUACCCUCUAAGCGGGCAGGCGAUCUGUGGCGACUCAGCACAUCAAACACGCACAUCAAAGGCGAAGAGCUACUCCAAGGUUGGUCGCCUCGAGGAGUUUCAUUGAUACACGACUUUAUCGACAGCCGAUCGAGUAAGCGAAAGAUGGCCGAGGUUGACGCCGCACGAGGUGCAUUAAGCUCUCACAACCUCUCUCUGGACGCAUCGGACAGAAGAGCGCCAGAGACGCCAGACGAGCGACAGAGUCACCUAGUGAAGAAGAUACUUGCUCUGUGGAAGGCCGACCUAGCCAUUGGCAAAAAGAUUCUUACGGAAGAAAACACAGACUCGCCUCGCAAAGGCGCUGCAUUUGCCUCUUCGAUAAACGGCACAGGUAUGCCUCUGUCACUUGCGACAGUCCAUUUCAUAUCGAAGAAUCCAUCACUACUCAAAUCGGGGUACCUCCUGACUCCUGAUCCAUCCGCCCGCACGCCUUCACGCUGGAUCCGUCGCUACGUCGAGCUUCGUCAACCCUAUUUGCAUAUCCACUCAGCCACUGCAACGGAACACGAAGAAAUCGGUGCCAUUAAUCUAAGCUCUUCUCGCGUCGAUGCAGCACCUCAAAUCGCGAAGCUGUUGAGACGUGAUGGAGGCACACUCACGGCUGUUGGUAGACACGGCGUCCCGGCAGUCGCGGCUCCGGAGAAUGUGUUUGCCGUGUAUGGGAGUACCAAAGCAUGGGUAUUUGCUGCAAGAACUGAGAGAGACAAGAGCGAAUGGAUCUUUGCGAUUGACAGAAGCUAUUUUGGCCCUGAAGGGUUUGAGGAUGACGGGGACGAAGACGAAGGAUACUGAACCAAGGGCAAGGUUGGAUAGCAAGCUUGCCUCAGAUUUUGAAACGGCGGCACUUGAAGUUGCAGGAUGGCAAUGUGUUGUUUGACUUUUGUACGAGAUACCC